UUCCCUGAAAAGUGCGCGUUCUUUCACACACAACACACCAUCGGUAUUGAAACUGGCAACACUGGUUUGUUGAACAACGCAAAAACUCAUAUAAGUGAGACUGCGAAUAUCAUACGUACGUAAUGUAAGGCUCAUUCAACACUCAACGCACACAGUCAAUGCAUACAGAGACGUUUGACACAUAGGAAAAUAUGGCGUAGAACGCGACAUAAACCAUCGCGUAUGCAAAACAACCGAAGAACAGUGCCAAUUUGUGUGUGUAAUUAGGUAAAUGCGGUUGCUGUUUAUAAACAUAAAGGAAAUUCACACAUUUUCUAUUCCAAAAUAGAUGCAGUGCUUUGAUCGAGUAUUUUCGAAUGAUUGAAAGAAAUGGCAAGUGAAGGAGGAAACACACGUAUUUCCAAUUGAAAAAAAGAAAAAAACAAAUAUGUGAAUAGUGGCAUAUUGCAGGAAAUCGCAACACAAACAUAAGGCACAAACAAGAGGCUUCCAAGUCGUAAAAAAGUCGAAGUACGUAGCAAAGAAAAUCGUAACUUUGUGUAUAUGAAAUAAUGCAAAUCUUCCAUAAUAAAAAUAAUUACACAGUAAACAGUGCGCCCACAUUCACAAGCCAUGAAUAUCACAAGCAAACACGCAUUCGAAUGCAGUUAAGAAUAAGAAAACAGUGAUGUGCUUGAAACGGUAUCGUGAAACAAAACAGUAUUUUUGCAGUUAAGUUAUUUAAGUAUUUAAGAAAAAGUUGGAGUUUCACACAACCGUGUGAAAUACGACCACAAGCCAACAAAAACUAUCGUCAAAAUGAUGGACGAAAAGUUAAUCGCUGAAGUGCAGCAACAUGCCAUAAUAUACAAUCGACAGAAGAGCAGUACACUCAACGGUGACAAAUGUAUGACAAAAGAGCUGGCCUGGCAUGAUAUUGCACGGAACCUGAGCACGGACGUGGAUACAUGCAAAAAGCGAUGGAAAUACUUGCGAGAGCGUUAUGUGCAGCAGAAAAAAGUCGGCGGUUCACCGGCCAGUUAUGAGCAUUUAUCGCGGCCAUAUUUAGAGAAAAUGAAAUUCUUGGACAAUUUCAUUCAGUCACGUAAAUCAUAUCGACAAGUGUCACAAUUGUUCCAGUCACCAUCGGGUAUGCAAGGAUUCGAUGGCAACGAAUCGUCCAAAUCGAAUGGUUCGAUGCGUUUGUCGGUCGGCGGUCAUUUGAACAACGAUUUGGACGAUACAUUUCCACAGUAUUAUUUGAAUCAAUUCCCACCACAUGCGAAUUUACGUGUAAAAAGCGAAGAGAGUCUAGUGUCUGAUUUGCAUCGAAAACCGAACGAUAUGCAAUCAAGUAACAAUAAUAUGCCAUCAUCAUCGUCAUCAAUUGCAUCACAAGCAUCACCGGCCACUCUGAUGAGCACAAGCACAACACACGAUUCAUCAGUCACACGGAAACGACGUCGCACCACCAGUACGAAUAUUAGCGAACGAAAUAACUCACACAAUCUCAACCAUAUAGAACGGACUCAUGAUACACACCAAAACCAAAUACUCAACAAUCAUUUGUCCGACCAUGAGGUGGACCGUAACAGUAAUGAUGACGACGAUGAUGACGCAUCGGAGUCAUCGCCGAUAAACAAUGUGCCGACUGAUUUCUUAUAUCCAUUGUACGAGCAACAGUCAACUAGAACACGGAGAGCAGCUACCGAACAUGUCAAUCCAACAUCUUCCACAUUUCCAAAUCCCGUUGAUCUUUUACAACCACUUUAUCAACAUGCCAUCGCACGACAAUUUCGCAACUCUGACCAGUUACUCGGCGAACUUGUCACAUCCGAACUCAUGAAAAUGCCAAAGGACCGCAAAAAAGUGGCACAACGGAAAAUCUUAGAAAUUCUCUUUUUCGAUGACGAUUGACUCACAACUUACACAUAGCAUCGAACCAACCAAUGUGAAUUAACUACCGUUAAAUUCAUCGUUUCAAUAUAAUAUAAUUGAACUAUAUUUUCUAGGGAACCAAUAAAUUUGAGUGAUUUUCAUUUUGAUAAAACAUUUCAUACAUGUAUAUUUUCGAUACGAUUAUUUGACCGCUUUGUUUCUGGAAUUUUUUUUUAUUUUCUUUCUAUAAAUCAUCAGCUAUAUAUAUAUAUAUACGGAAAAAAAUAAUAUAUGAGCGAAACAUAUUUCCAAUUGAAACAAACAAAUAUUUUAUGAGAUUUAUGAAUAAAACGUGAAUAAUUUCAUAAUGCGUGAUAAAUUAAAA